AUGUCGACCUUCCAGUAUGCCAGCUUGCUGAAAGAAUCCGAAGUUCGCCUUCUUCGGCUUCACCCUGGUGAAUGGCUGGAAGAUCUCGAGGCCACAUUAUACGUAACUGACCGAUCUCGAGAGUACGUUGCUCUGUCAUACGCCUGGGGCAGCACCAGGACGUCGAACCAAAUCAUCGUCAAUGGCAAGGUUCACAGUAUCACUUUCAAUCUUGACAGAGCCUUGCGCGCUGUCCGUCGACGUACAGAACCCGUCACUCUCUGGGUGGAUUCGAUUUGCAUUAACCAACACGAUGCUGCUGAGAAAAGCAAGCAGGUUGGGCUGAUGCACGAUAUCUUCGGCUGGGCCACUGAAGUGAUCGCCUAUAUUGGUGAUGGCUUGGACCGUAGCCGGAAGGACUAUCCGCGUCGGUUCGAAAAGCUCGGUCAACAUCCCCCGGUUCACUUUACAGGGACUCGCAGGGACGAAGCCCUAGCUUACCAGUACCUCGCCGAUAAUUGGACAAAGCUGCCUGCCGGUUCGGCGUCGGAAAAUGACGAAAUUGUUUCUCUAUUCAGUUUCUUGGUGGCGUUCAGCUUCGAGAGCAUGAACGACAGCUUCGUCGAUGAACACUUCGCUUCGCUCACGACACACCAUUCUACCGAGGAACGGAAGAUCCAGCUAAUGGCCGAGAGGAUUCGCCUCUUCGCUGUCAGCGACUGGUGGAACCGGAUGUGGAUAAUACAGGAGGCAUGUGUCGCCAGAAAUCUCACCAUUGCGUACGGACGUGUCACAAUGCCGUUCACUUUCAUCGUCGACGCCACCGAAAACUUCCUUCAGCUGUCUUCGUUGAGGUCCAAGGAGUUGAACCAAGUUAUGACCCACCUGGCAGACAAGGUGAAUGCUAUCGACGUAAUACGAUUUCGUGGGACAUUUGGCAGUAUGACAUUCGUCUCGACAACAAGCCCACUCCUGUGGUUGCUGAGGCGGUUUCGCAGCAGGAGGUCAUCGGAACCUCGAGACAAGAUCUUUGCCCUUCUUCGACUUGCAAAAGACUUGAAGAAAGAGCGAAUUUUUCAACACAGCGACGUCUACAUCCAGGCCAACUACGAUCUUGAUGUCAGCGCCCUGUUUACCUCUGUAGCGCAUGAAAUCAUUCUUCAGACCGGUCUUGUGUGGAUGACGACGUUCGAUUUGGUUGCCAAAUCUCGCAAGGACGUUCCGUCCUGGGUUCCAGACUGGUCUUCCGAUAUCAUGGCGCCGGGUUUCGACCAACGGCGCUUCCGUCUUCAUGCAGAGAUACCACUGCACUUCAACGCCAGCCGUGCCAUGUUCCGGAAACGGUGCGCUGAACAACCCAGCUCCAAGCUGAUGCCACGACAGCACAUCGAGCGCCUGAUACACGCGGACGAAGACUCAACCUGGGAACCUAUCCAUCUACUUCCAAAGUUAAUUAGCUACACAAAUCACCCCCACACCUCUGGAGCCCAGCAACGUCAGGCUUUGGUUCUGAACGGCGUGAACUGCGGCCAUAUUGAGACUGUCAGCGAUGUUAUCCGAAGCGACCUUUCAAAUCUUCCGUUAGUGGUUAUGCAAAUCCGUCCCAGCUGCGGAACACACAAAGUUCGGCGAAUGUAUCGGGAGCCCUUUCUCGAUCUUGUUGCGGCCUGUCUGUGCUACUCUCUGCGAGUCUCCAGCGAAAAUGGCGGAUGUCUAUACCUAAUGGAACCGGAACAGCGCCGACGAGUCACGCUUUGGAUCAGACAGAAGUGUGGAGUUUGCCUCUCUAGCAGACGCAAUAUGAUGACGCCCAACGACAGUACUGAGUAUCAGUGUGCGGAACCCUCAGACGUCGAUCCACAGAGGCCACUUGAAGAUGAUGAGGUUCAUUGGAUCGAAGACACUGUGCGAACCAUGGCGGCAGGUUGCCGUUUGUUCGUUACUGAACGAGGCCAACUCGGCAUAGGACCAGAAAACACGGGUGUAGGAGACGAUGUCUGCAUCGUCGAAGGGGGCCUUAUGCCUUAUAUCCUCCGCGCGGAUGGCGGUAGCAUACAUGUUCCCCCUCAGCAAGCCAGGAGUACACUUGAGCACUUGGAAAAUAUGAGGAGGACAACGAUGGUGGGGACCUGUUAUGUCGAAGGGAUUAUGCACUGGGGACGCGAAUCAGGCGAGACGGAAGACGAUACGCGGGACAUUGAGUACUUGGACUCAAAACUGAGAAGACGGCUGUACUGUGGCGACAUCGUCGAGGAGGGCAUUAUGAUACUUUAG